UCGAACUAUCUCCUGUUGGAUUGGAGGAGGUGGAGAUGGCUAGGAAGAAGAUCCGGGAGUACGAUUCCAAGCGCCUCCUUAAGGAGCACCUCAAGCGGCUCGCCGGCACCGAUCUCCAGAUCCGCUCCGCGCAGGUGACAGAAUCGACGGACUUCAAUGAGUUAGUCAACAAAGAACCAUGGAUUUCGUCCACGAAAUUGGUCGUGAAGCCCGACAUGCUGUUUGGGAAGCGUGGGAAGAGCGGUCUGGUGGCUCUCAACUUGGAUCUGGCUCAGGCCGCGCAGUUUGUGAAGGAACGUCUGGGAACGGAGGUUGAGAUGGGAGGGUGCAAGGCUCCGAUUACCACAUUCAUAAUUGAGCCAUUCAUUCCCCAUGAUCAAGAGUACUACCUCUCGAUCGUUUCCGAGAGGCUUGGUUGCACCAUUAGCUUCUCCGAGUGUGGUGGCAUUGAAAUCGAGGAGAACUGGGACAAGGUUAAGACGGUUUACCUUCCCACGGAGAAGUCGAUGGCAUCCGAGGCAUGUGCUCCGUUGAUCGUAACCCUUCCCUUGGAGGUUCGAGGGAAAAUAGGGGACUUCAUAAAGGGAGUUCUCACUGUGUUCCAAGACUUGGAUUUCAGUUUCAUAGAAAUGAACCCAUUCACUUUGGUAAAUGGUGAACCAUACCCACUAGAUAUGCGAGGAGAACUGGAUGACACAGCUGCUUUCAAAAACUUCAAGAAGUGGGGUAGCAUAGAAUUUCCACUUCCCUUUGGUAGAGUCCUGAGCUCCACAGAAAAAUUUGUUCAUGAACUUGAUGAAAAGACUAGUGCCUCCCUGAAGUUCACUGUUUUAAACCCCAAAGGACGCAUAUGGACAAUGGUGGCUGGUGGUGGUGCUAGUGUCAUUUAUGCUGAUACAGUUGGAGAUUUAGGUUAUGCAUCUGAACUUGGAAACUACGCGGAAUACAGUGGUGCUCCAAAUGAGGAGGAGGUCCUUAAGUAUGCUCGAGUCGUCCUUGAUUGUGCAACUGCAGAUCCUGAUGGUCGUAAGAGAGCUCUUCUCAUUGGAGGGGGUAUAGCAAACUUUACUGAUGUUGCUGCCACAUUCAAUGGUAUCAUCAAGGCCCUGAAAGAGAAGGAGUCAAAGCUAAAGGCUGCAAGGAUGCACAUUUAUGUUAGAAGAGGUGGUCCAAACUAUCAAACUGGCCUGGCCAAAAUGAGGAAACUGGGUGAGGAACUUGGCAUUCCUCUCGAGGUUUAUGGGCCAGAGGCCACAAUGACCGGAAUUUGCAAGCAAGCUAUCGAUUGUGUCAUGUCUGCUGCAUGACUAACUCACGUUUUUGUUUUAAGCAAUAUCAAGCUCGACCAUAAUUGAUUUCUUGUAGGUGCCGAUUGUGUUGGUUCGAACAUUUGAUAAGUUAAUGCGCAUUUGAGAAAACAUCAAUUUUCUUAU